AUGGGGCGUGGAGACACCAAGGAGGCGGAGUGCACGGGAGGCCUGGGGCUCUGGAGGGCACACAGACUCCUCUCCCAUGUCCCUUCUAUCUAUGGCCCAGGGGUCCAGCAAGGCCAUGCUGGAGCCAAGGCAGGAGGAUGGGGUGCAGAGCCGCCAGCGACUGAGGCCCAAUCUGGUCCUCUCCACGGCCUCUCCCUCCCCCCUUCGCACUCCAUCCCCGUUACUACCGGCCGUGGGCUGCUGGUCUCCACGGUCCCAGGCGGUGUCUUCAGAGCCAUCCCCUUGGAAAGGACGGGCGGAGACCUGUGUUCAACUGGGGACCCCAUGACCGGGUGGUCUGAGGGCCGCUCCCCAAGAGUCUGCACGGUCGUAGCCUGCAAGAGGAGAGAGAGCCCCGAAGGGGACAGCUUCGUGGUGUCGGCGUACGCAAGCGGCCGCAAAGGCGCGGAGGAGGCGGAGCGGCGCGGGGGCGGCGGCGGCGCAGAGCCCAGCGCGCGGGACAAGCAGCCCCCACUCCACCCCCUCUCUCCACCGCCCCCCGCCGCGCCCCUUCUCCUCGGACCUGAGCGGCAGAGCGUGUUCAGCCAAGAGGACGUGGCUGCCCUGCCCCUCGGCCCCUCGCCUCCUGGUGGCUGCCCAUGUCCCCUCUCGGGACGGCUUCUGAGGACCUGCCACAUGCUCAUCCCUCUCCACGAUGCUGGGCUGGUGGGGUGCCAGGGACGGAGCCAGGCAGCCCUGGGCACCCUCUGGUUCCAGAUUCAACAGCGAAGGAGGCCAAUGGCCGAAGCUGCCCCCUGCCCCGUGCGGGGCCCCUACUGUGUGGACGAGAACACGGAGCGCAGGAACCACUACCUGGACCUGGCGGGCAUCGAGAACUACACCUCCAAGUUCGGGCCCGGGUCCCUGGCGGCACAGCCCAAGCAGGAGCACCCCAGCAAGGGCUCGCACCCCCAAACCCGGUCCCGUUCGCAAGAGUCAGACACGCACACGGGCCACCACCGCCGGUCCCAGGUGCUGGCCGAGCCCGCCGAGUCUGCUGCCCGGGCCCUGGACACCCCGCCGCAGCUGAAAGUGCCUGAGAAGCAGUUCCUCAAGUCUCCCAAGGGCAUGGGGAAGCCGCCCGUGGGGCUGGGAGGCAGCAGGCCUGGCAAGGCCUUCAGCUACCACCUGGCAGCACCACCUCAGGGCCCCCAGGAUGGGCACCACCUCCCACUGCAGCCCCCACAGCCACCACCGCAGCCCUACGGCCACAAGAGGUCUCGGCAGAAGGGCAGGGAGGGCUAUUCACCACUCAAGGCCACGUACACCCUACCCAGUGCAGUGGAGCAUGAGGUGGUGCGGGACCUGCAUGGCGGUGGAGACCUUAUGGGGACCAGAGAGGCCGUCCCUCCGUCCUCGGAGCCCCUUUCGUGA